AUGGGAACCUUAAAUAAGAAGUUUAGGAGUGAUAUGGUUGUAUUGAUGGAACCAAGAAUUAGUGGCUCACGGGCUGCUUCAAUUAUCCGUAGUCUGGGCUUUGAGGAACCUAUAGUCGAGGAGACAGUGGGAUUUUCUGGAGGCAUCUGGGUGCUAUGGAAUAAUCAUUCUGUUUCGGUUAAUCUUGUAGAAAAGAGUUCACAAUUUGUGAUGAUGCAGAUCUCCAUUCAUGAUAGACCUCAUUUCCUAUUCAUGGCUAUCUAUGCUAGUCCUAGAAUAAAAAAGAGGCUCGAACUCUGGGAAGAUCUAAGACGUCUUCAGUCGGUGUUCAAUGAACCAUGGCUCCUAGCUGGAGACUGGAACAAAAUUAUCUCAGCUGGGGAAAAGAAAGGAGGGGCCCCAGUCGAUAUCAAUAGAUGCAAAGCCUUUGAGUCUGUGCUGGAGGAAUGCAAUUUGAUCAACCUGGGUGGCUCAGGGCCCAUCUACACCUGGAAGGGCCCAAAGUUCGCACACUUAGAUCGUGUCUACAAACGGUUAGAUAGGGCAGUUGCUAAUGCCCAAUGGAGAACCACUUUCGAUGAAGCAACUGUGCAAGUUAUCCCUCGAACCUUUUCUGAUCAUAACCCGCUCCUGCUGUCGCUGUGGAAUGAUUCCAAAUGGAACACUAAUGUCUUUGGUAUCAUCUCUACAAAGAAAUCAUCCAUUUUGCGUAGGUUGGCUGGGAUCCAGCGUGCUCUUGAGAGGGGUCACAACUGGCAUUUGGAGCUUCUGGAGAGGAACCUUAGGACUGAGCUGGAAAGUAUUCUAGACAUGGAGGAACAACUCUGGUAUCAUAAGGCUAGGGCCAUCUGGAUACGUGAUGGGGAUAGAAACACCAAGUUCUACCAUACCACUGCCAUCACGAGGAGGAGGAGAAACUCAAUGCGUGCCUUAAAGAACGAUGCAAGCAUUUAG